UGGGUUUUACUGUGGGUGGCACAGAGUUUGCCUUUUGUAAUGACCAACUCAGCUAAGUAAUUCCGCAAACAGACUUGCGAUUGCGCUUCUUUAUUUCCUAUGGAUGCGCUCUAUCUAGCAUAAUCCUGCCUUCCGGUGUUUCAUAAGAGAAUGAGUGCAGUUCCAGCUAUGCCAAGGCAAAGUCUGCAACGCUUUCCUAGCCUUGUGCAUCAAAGGAAAGUCCCUGCUCAACCAAAAGAGCUACCUCAAAAGGCUAACUACAAGAUUCACUUGAUCAGGGACAGAGGUGUCAGAGAUCAUAAUCAGCAAAAGAAUAUCAAAGAGCUAUCAAAAGAGGAAACUGCAAUAUAUAGGAAUUCACUUAAGAAUAAUAUCUGCAUAGAGAUGCUGCGGAAGGGCUAUCACAAGUCUUUCUCAGAAGUAUAUACUGUGAUCCAGAGGUGGGACGCCUUGAGGGAUGCUGCAGGGCCUGGGUCAGCCAUAUGGCAUCAGAAGCCCUUGGAAGAGCAGCAGGAAAAACUGGAUCAACUUCAACAUUUCCUGACACGGGCUGAGGCAGCCCAAAGAGCAGGCUACUAUGAAGAGGUGUACGAAAAUCAGUUGGCGUUGGCUCAAUACUUCCAAGAAGUUGGUGAUGACUGGCUUUCAUAUCACUUCUUUGAAUGUUGCUUUCAAACAGCUACAAAAAUUAAAAUGGACGGAGGAAGAAAAGAAGCUGAAGCACAUUCAAAUAUUGGUUCAGUUGAAGAGGAACAUGGUCAGCUGGAAAAAGCUGCUGAGCAUUAUGAGGCGUUUUAUCAUCUGACAGUAGGCCGGAUAUGGAAAGAUGAGACAGGCCGCUCUCACAACUCACUGGCCUGUGAGAACCUCUGGAGAAUAUACACUUUGCAAUCAGACAAAAUGCUAGCGAACAAAGAAUGCCAACAGGCCAUCAAAACUCUAAUAAAAGCAUUUGAUAUGGCAAGAGAAGGAGGUAAUAAAAAACUGGAAGGGGAAGCAGCUUACCGUUUGGGACUGGCCCAUAUUUCAUCUGGGAAUCCACAGACAGCAAUAACAUAUUUAAAUACAUACAUGGAGAUUUCAAAAAUGCUGGAAGAUAACGUGAGCCUUGGAAAAGCAUACAAAGCAAUGGCAAAAGCCCUAGAAAGCCAAGGAAAAAUUCUUGAAAGUGUGGAGUAUUUGGAAAACUUUAUCAAAAUUGCAAAACUGAACAAUUUAAAUCAAAGCCUAGCAGAAACAUACAGUUGCCUUGGAGACAUUUUCAACACGAGAGGAAAUUACGAGAAAGCGUGCCAGUAUUUUUCUAAAGCAUACGAGACUGCACUCAGCCUUAGUGAAUUAGCACUGAUAGAAGAGGCACAGGUUCAGUACGGCAUUGCCAAGGCACACGAGAUGAUGCUGACUGUUAGCAAACUUACAGACUCCGCAGACUGUGCCAGCGUUGGGCACCUGCUAACAUGGAAAAUGAACAGAAGUGACAUAUUCGGUGACCCUGCAAAACCUGACAAGCUGAUUUCCAUGCAAGAUACUAAAGAUGGAGACAAAAGCAUUGCCAUCAUGGAGACCCCAGAUAUUCCUGAAAAUGAGACGUCCACAGAGCCAGUGACAGCCUCAUAAAUUUCCCAUCUUUUGGACUCGUUGUGUAUCAUAAUAAUAAAAAUGUGCAGUAACAGCUUCCACCAUAUUUAUUUAACCCUUGCUCAUUCUACUCAAAUGUUUUAACAACUCCAGAUAUCAGUAGGGACUUCAAAUUAGUUGGACUGAACUAUGGAAAUUUCUACCCGUAGUAUAUCUUGUUCUUCCUAUAUGUAUUGAGAAAAAUCCUCCCUGCCAGGAAUAGCGAUGUAGGGCAAUAUAACUAUAGCAUUUCUAAUCCAAUCGAACGACAGUGGGGAGAGCCACACUAUAGUGCUAAAUGUCAUAUAAAGGUAACGUCAGAUACUUCAAAAAUUCUGUAUAAGCUGCUUCCCUUUGUUUGCUUUUAACAAACGCAUUUCAUGUGUCCUUUAAGAUGAUGCUUCUGCUGUAAUAUAAGAACCUGGUAUAAAAAUAUAUAUAAAUUUGUCAAUCUA